AUGGAUCACUCCAGAGAUCCCUGUCCCUGGGUCGCCCUGAGCGACUUCGGUGGUGCUUUCUGCAUGGGUGCUAUUGGUGGUGCUGUCUGGCACGGUGUCAAGGGCUUCCGUAAUAGCCCCUACGGUGAGCGCCGGAUAGGCGCUCUGACUGCCAUCAAGGCUCGCGCUCCUGUGCUCGGUGGAAACUUUGGUGUUUGGGGUGGCCUGUUCUCUACAUUCGACUGCGCUAUUAAGGGUAUUCGCAAGACUGAGGAUCCUUGGAACAGCAUUAUCGCUGGUUUCUUCACUGGUGGUUCUCUGGCUGUUCGUGGUGGUGUCAAGGCCGCCCGUAACUCCGCCAUUAUGUGUGCCGUCUUCCUGGGUGUCAUUGAGGGUGUUGGUAUCGGUUUCCAGCGCAUGAUGGCCGAUAACACCAAGCUCGAGCUCCCUCCUCCCCCUCCCUCUGAGCAGAAGGCUCUCGCUUAA